GAUUACCGUACAGAAUGAGUAAAGUGACCCAGAAAAUCCGAUGAGAGUGUAGGGUUUACUCUGUAACCCCACUCGCGCACGCUAGCCGUGUAUCACUUUCGUCUUCUAUUCGUUUUCGUCACCCACACUAGGAUAGUGAUCAGCUUCUGCGAUACGUCAGACCGCAAGGAGCUGACAAGUUGAAUUGAACCGUUGGAGAGUGCACAUCGCUGCAAAUAAAAUUGAAGUUCCACCACACCAUAUCUUUUUCCUGUCGCCGUUGCCUGCUGAAAUUAUCACCCGCUUCCAAGUUCCGUCGCGAGUGGAAGGUUUGAUACCGCGAAUUUCUACCGGUCACAACAUAGCUGGUGCCGUGACCAGGAUCCAGCUGUACACGAUCACGCCAACAUUUUGCGCCCACUGCGUACCAUCAUCAUCGCUGAUUUCAUCCAGCACGCCAUUGCAGUUCAGGAAAGCUGAUAGCGGCUAAUUUCGCCAUUGCUGACGCUGCACGUUCCUGAACAAUUGAGCGCCGCCAUCGGGAAUUUGGACUGGAGAAGCCGCUUUAAUUAUAAUACAAGGCCUGAUAUUUUCAGGCAGAAGUCUUACAGAUUUAUUACUGGACCCACGUUCCGGUAUUCAUCGUACGGCUAUUGUUUGAUAGAAACGCUCCAGCAUUAAUCAUCAGGCCAUCCCGCGCCAUUUUAUACUCCGUCGGCGGCCAUUGCUGCCUAGACUAGUUCGCAACCUUUGGAGGACAGUUGCCUAAUUUCAUCGAGUGUGCUUCUGAUUUCUGGCGAUUUUCUGCUGCUGCUGCUGCCAAUAGCCAUUCAAGAUGGCCGAAGAACAACAGAUCAACCUACUAGUCUCGCGGAGAACAACGAUGCUGGAAGCUCUGGGUCGGGCAGAGGCAUUUCUUCGAGACUUCAACGCUCAACGCGAUGGACAGCAGGUGCCAUUGAGGCUGGAAUACCUCAACCGCAUGUGGACGUCACUUGAAGAGGUACAGGCUCAACUGGAGGACGGUGAUGUGGAAGGUAGGGCAGAGCAUGCUGCUAUACGUGCGGACUUUGAGCCACGUCUAUUCUCAAUAAAAGCUGCAUUCAUUUCCUAUUCGCCUCCUCUUUCUGUUAACGCUGGCAACCCUCAACCCCUGCAUGCUACUUCCACUCUCUCUGGCAUCAAACUGCCGACAAUUUCGCUUCCUGAGUUCGAUGGAGAUUAUAAGCAAUGGCUAACUUUCCACGACACGUUUUUGGCUUUAAUCCACAACAACGCUGAUGUUCCACCUAUUCAAAAAUUUCACUACUUAAGGGCAGCCGUCAAGGGGGAGGCUGCUCAACUGAUCGAAUCCAUCGCUAUUUGUUCUGCUAAUUACUCUCUGGCUUGGCAAGCUCUCGAAGGGCGGUACUCCAACGAAUAUCUGCUAAAAAAGCGACACCUGCAAGCACUCUUCGACAUCCCACGCAUGAAGAAGGAGUCUGCAGCAACACUUCACGGAUUGGUGGACGAAUUCGAACGUCAUACGAAGAUUCUUCAUCAUUUGGGUGAGCCGACGGACGCCUGGAGCACGAUCCUAGAACACUUAUUAUGCACGCGACUGCACGAUGAUUCACUGAAGGCCUGGGAGGACCACGCAUCCGUAACUGAGAACCCAAAUUUCGCAUGUUUGAUCGAUUUCCUUCAGAGGAGGACAAGAGUACUGGAAUCGAUCUCGGUCAACCAUCAUCAAUCUACUAGCACGACAAACGCAAACGAUGGUGCGUCCGCUAGUCAUUUCCGGAGACAAUCACAGUUUCGUCUCUCGUCAUGCGCAUCAACCGCUAACUAUUCUUUCAGAUGUCCCAUAUGUAGUCAACAGCAUUCGUUGGCGAGAUGCGGCAAGUUCAACAGCAUGUCAGUGAACGACCGACAACAGCUUGUGAACACGAAACGAUUGUGUCACAACUGCCUACGGGGGGAUCACAUAGUCCGCCAAUGCCCAUGUGACCUGAAUUGCAAGAAGUGCAAUCAGCGUCACCACACUUUAUUACACACGAGCCAAUCCGCCGGUCCUAAGAAGGUCAGCAACGACGCUGUUUCUCGUUCAACGUCUUUCGUCGAUUCUGCUGACAGGGCUACGUCGUCGUCUUCUCCUGUAGUUUCCGAACAAACCAUGGUAGCAGCUGUUGAAGAUGAUUCGAUUGUCGAGACGAGUGUUUCUCUCCAGCAUCCUCGUGAAAAUGUCUUCUUGCUAACCGUCAUCGUAAAUAUCGUCGAUGCUUAUGGACAACAUCACCCCGCUCGUGCUUUAUUGGAUAGCGCAUCGCAACCGAAUUUGAUAACCGACCGCAUGGCUCGUAUCCUCCGCCUGAAGAAGCAUCCCGUCAACGUUACCGUCCAAGGGGCCGGACAGUUAUCCAAAGUCAUACACGAGUCCAUCUACGCCCAAGUUUCAUCCAGAAAGGAGCAUUUUUCUUGCGGAGUUAAUUUCCUAGUAAUGGACAAACUAACUGCCAACCUUCCUGCGCAAAAUGUCUCCAUAACCGACUGGAGAAUUCCAAAGGAUCUAUUCCUAGCAGAUCCAACAUUCAACAAGAGCCAACCAAUCGAUGUAGUGCUGGGGGCCAAGCACUUUUAUUCAUUCUUCCCGAAUGCCGCACGAAUACAAUUGCAUGGCAAUCUCCCGCUCCUAGUUGAUAGCGUUUUCGGAUGGAUCGUUGCGGGCUCUGCCGAUCUAGUGUCCCCCAAGAUCAAUCCAUCGUCCAAUUCUAGCAGUCUCGUGUGUGUAUCUAUGGUUUCCUUGGAAGAAACUCUGGAACGUUUCUGGAAAAUAGAAGAACUAACAACCAAGGACAACUACUCCGUCGAAGAAAGGCGCUGUGAAACACUUUACCAAUCGACAGUCUCUAGAAACCCUGACGGACGGUACAUAGUUCGCCUGCCUCGGAAGCCUGAUUUUGACGACAUGUUAGGCGAGUCGAAGGCAAACGCGCUGCGACGGUUUGAGUAUUUGGAGCGACGUUUGGAGCGAAACUCCGAGCUGAAGGUUGAGUAUCACAGAUUCAUGCAGGAAUACAUCGACCUCGGGCAUAUGCAGCCAAGCAAACUAACUGAGACCAAAGGCGCAAAAUCAUUCUACCUACCACACCAUCCUGUUAUCAAGGAGGCUAGUACUACGACAAAGGUUCGUGUUGUAUUUGAUGGUUCGGCAAAAACGUCUACCGGUUUUUCCCUCAACGAUGCCCUCUGUGUCGGCCCGGUCGUCCAGGACGAGCUACUCACUACAAUCUUACGGUUUCGGACGCAUCCCAUCGCUCUAGUAGGUGACAUAGCGAAAAUGUACCGACAGGUUCUCGUGCAUCCAGACGAUGUUCCACUGCAACGCAUUUUCUGGCGAUUUUCCUCCGAUAUGCCAGUACAAACCUUUGAUCUACUUACCGUUACUUAUGGUUUAGCUCCAUCGUCAUUUUUGGCAACUCGCACGCUGCUACAACUGGCUGACGACGAAGGCCGCUCGUAUUCCAUCGGCAGCAGGGCUCUCCGGAAAGGUUUCUAUGUCGACGACUUCAUUGGCGGGGAGCAAACUGUUGAACGCGCCAUCCGCUUACGCAUAGAACUCAGCAAAUUGCUCGAAAAGGGAGGAUUCGUUCUUCGCAAGUGGACUUCAAACCGGCUCGAAGUGCUACACGGCCUAGACGCCGACAAAAUCGGUACCCAAUCCCCUCUGGAGUUCACCCCCCACGAGACAGUGAAAGCGCUAGGAAUUAUUUGGGAACCAGAGGGAGAUUUUCUUCGCUUCGACUCGCAAGUACAACAUGACGGCAAGCCGCCCACCAAACGUUCAAUUCUAUCCUCUAUCGCCAAACUAUUCGACCCCAUCGGUCUUAUUGCGCCCGUUGUUGUGAGGGCCAAAAUCAUCAUGCAGCAGCUGUGGCUGCUACCUGUCGAAUGGGAUGAUCCAGUUCCUGAGACUGUUCGAAACAACUGGGAGAACUAUCACGAUGAGUUGCCGAAAAUCACCGCCCACCGGGUAAAUCGAUAUGCUUUUCUCCCAUGCUCUACCAUACAGUUGCAUACUUUCGCCGACGCUUCUGAAUUGGCCUACGGUGCAUGCAUCUACGCUCGUUGCGAAGACGAGCAGGGAAACGUCAAAGUCGAGCUUCUAGCAGCCAAGUCACGUGUCGCUCCACUAAAACGACUAACUAUCGCACGUCUAGAACUCUGCGCUGCAGUUUUGGCUGCCCAUCUCCACGAUCGAGUUAAACACGCCAUCGACAUUGACGUCUCUGCCUCUAUUUUCUGGUCGGAUUCUGCCAUCGUUCUCCAGUGGCUCCGAUCCCCUCCGAACACAUGGCAGACCUUUGUGGGAAACAGAGUUUCGGAAAUACAACAGUUUACCCACGGCUGUCAAUGGAGGCACGUUCCUGGUAGCGAAAAUCCCGCUGACUUAGUGUCCCGCGGAAUGUCGGUCGACGAGUUCCUGAAUAGUAAGUUGUGGAAGGAGGGGCCCCACUGGUUGCUGCAACACUGUCGAGAAUGGGCCGCCUUUGAACCGCCCGGCGUUGCUGAGGAGAUGCUAGAAGUUCGACAUGUUGUAACACUGGUACAAUCAACGCCAUCAGUUAAUGCGAUAUUUCUCCGCUGGUCAUCAUACACCCGCUUACUACACGUUACCGGAUAUUGCCUUCGCUUUCUGCGGAACGCUCAUGCCAAGGCCAGAACGCAGCCUCCUCCCAACACCACAUCCGUUGUGAAAUCGUUAUCUGUGGAACUACUUACCCAAGCCAAAUUUAUACUAAUACGCCUUGCUCAACAGGAUGCCUUCGGUUCAGAAAUAAGAGAGUUGGAAAAGGGGAAACCAGUAGCGAAACAUUCGCACGUGCGCCAAAUGAGUCCGUUUUUAGACCAGGGAAAAGUGUUGAGGGUCGGAGGUCGACUAAAGCUAGCCCAGCUUCCCUAUCAAAUGAAACAUCCUGCCCUACUCCCAAGCUUUCACCCCCUAUCACUUUUAAUUGCCAACUAUUAUCACAACAAAAUGCUUCACGCCGGUGGGCGAGUACUGCUGUCCGUCAUCCGAGAAGAAUUUUGGCCAGUACAUGGCCGUCGCUUAGUUCGCAGCACAGUACGCAAAUGCUUUCGCUGCACUCGCCUCAACCCGGAACCUGCCCGUCAGCACAUCGGUCAACUGCCCGUUCAUCGAAUAGUCCCUAGCCGCCCGUUUAGUGUCGCUGGAGUAGACUACGCUGGCCCGCUGUACCUAAAACCAAUCCACAAGCGCGCCGCACCAGCCAAAGCGUACAUUUGCCUGUUCAUCUGCUUCGCCACCAAGGCCGUCCACAUUGAGCUCGUCAGCGAUCUGACCACCCAGGCGUUCCUGUGUGCGCUCCGCCGUUUUAUUGCUAGGCGCGGCCGCCCAACACACAUUCACUCGGAUAAUGGCAAAAAUUUCGAGGGAGCUAAAAAUGAAUUGCAACAGUUAUUUGCCAUGUUUCAAAACCAGGAGGAAAUCGAAAAAAUUACAUCAACUUGCGCAGAGGAAGGUAUCACUUGGCACUUGGUCCCGCCAAAGGCACCCCAUUUCGGCGGUUUGUGGGAGGCGGCCAUCAAGGUAGCCAAGAAACAACUUUACCGCCAGCUCGGUCCGUCUCGACUAUCGUUCGAAGAUGUUGGAACGGUGCUCUCGCAGAUCGAAGCCCUGAUGAAUUCCCGGCCGCUGCUGCCAAUGUCAGAUGAUCCGGAUGAUUUGGCUGCACUCACACCAGCGCACUUCUUGAUCGGAACCAGCAUGCUCGCCUUGCCCGACCCAGAUCAUCGGAACAUCCCAGUCAACCGACUGGAUCACUAUCAGAAACUUCAACUUCACGUCCAAAAAUUCUGGUGCCACUGGCGAUCGGAAUACCUUCAAGAGCCGCAAAAAGACACCGUAAUGAACCGACGAAAUGACAGUAUGCUGCCAGGCCGAAUGGUUGUUGUCGUCGAUGAGAUGCAACAACCAAUACGUUGGCCUCUCGCCCGAAUUUUGACCACUUCACCAGGUCCAGAUGGAAUGACCAGAGUCGUGACGCUACGCACUGUUCGGGGAAUUAUCACCCGGCCAAUCACAAAGGUUUGUUUACUGCCGGAUUCCACUACCACUGCAAUUGAUGGAGAAGAAGACCCGCUAGCCAUCAACCCGCAACCAGCUCAACGAUCCGGAGUGCUUGAAGAAGAAAAUUAA